AUGUCUUCUGUAGCUGCCCGAUGGAUCUACAUGCUGGACUUAUUAAGAACUUCAGCAGAGACAAAACUACAGAGAGAUGCAAUUGUCGCAGAGACGAUGAAAAUGAUAAGGAUCUUCAUUGUAAGUUUGUUUAGCACGAUGAUAACUCGAAGCAGUAAUGCAAGCCCGGCAUAUCCUUGCCCGAUGCCUGUUUCAACUUUGCCAUCAGGAUUACAUAUGUUAGCACCCCCCAGAGAAGUAACAGCGUCACAAAUAAAGUCAAUGAAUGAUGUAGUAAUACGCCAGCCGGGAUGGACUAUUAAGUGGCCGCUGCAAUCCACCCAUUUGAUACGAGAUAAUGGAGAAUUUUAUUUUCUGGUUCUGACUCACCUGAAGCAAUAA